AUGUUCUCCAGACACUUAACUCGUCAAAAUUGUGAAUUCAAUCAAUUCUAAGGCUCAAUGCCUCCAUUUAACUGUAGAUCUUCAGACCAGCUUUAAUCUUUUAUCGGUAAUCAUUAAUUCCCAUUAUUGGAUCCAGAGCUGUUCCUAUAAAAUAGUAACUUUUCACCAGUUUAAGAAUGGUAAUCAGAUGAUGAGUCCCAAUCAGAAAGAAUCUCUUAGGAUUAUAUGAUAGAUUAAAUCUAAAAUUCUAGCUUACAAGAUAUUGGUCAAUAAUAAAACAAUAUGACAGAUUCUUUUUCUAUCUUUUCUAUUUCAAACUUUGGAAAUAAUGAGGUUUCAUCAAAUCUUCUGAGUGAAGUUUCAAACAACUCUUCAAGUGCGUCCCUAAAUACAAAACAUAGUACUGAGAAUAAUGUUCAUUAAGAUAACUUACUUACGAUAAAUAUUCCUAUGGGAUCUAAUAAUUAAUAAGAAAUUGCCUAGCCAUAGGAGAUAAUAAAUAACAAUACUCAAACAAAUGAUGAAUCACAAAGAUCUAAUAACUAGGAGGAUGAUGAUUAAUCAUUUGAGUUUCAAAAUAGAUAAACGAAUCCUUUGAUUUUUGAUCCUCGUUUCCAAGACUAAAGUCAAGUCAAAAGAGAUGUUAGAUUGUUUUUGGAGGCCGAGUCCAAACUUAAUGGAUACUUGGAUCGAAACAAAAAUCACUGGACUGACUAAAGACUAUACGAUAAAGCAAGAACACUGUUGAAACUUUUACCUCUAGAAAAAUUCAGCAAUCCUGCACCUUAAGAAAUCUGGCUUGCAGUACUUUUGAUCUAUCCCAAUAAGGGUACUCUGACUACCAACAGAAAUCAGCGUAGAAGAAGACCUGUCUGCUGGCCUUUAUUUAAUGAACUUGAUGAUGAUACCAUCAAUCUCUUCAGAAAUGUAUUUGAGAACAAUAAUCAGGGUCUUAUCUCAAGUUUUUUCUCAAAUGAAUUCAUCAGGAAACUCUGGCCUAUAAUGAUUCCUCGUCUAGAAACCUUAGAGUUUAAAGACAAUUUAUAAACUACAAUGAAAGUAAUAGGAAGGCUACUAAAUGGUGUUUUCUAACUAGAUUUACCAUCUAAUCUUACAGGAAAUUCACCUAUUGAAUGA